AUGGAGAAGCCUGCAAAUGAUGGAAGUCAUUCAGAACUGAUUUCCUAUUUUAAAAGUAGACCAGAGAAAGAACAUUUACCACAGCACAUCGGUGAAAAUCAUCUCUGCUGUCUAAAGCAGGACAUCCUAAAUGAAAAGACUGAGUUGGAAGCAACAUUUAAGGAAGCUGAGUUGGCAACUUAUUCUAUAGAAUCACUUUUACCAUGUAAGGACACCAUUGAAGAAAUUGGUUUUGAAAAUGUAGGUGACAGUUUAUCCAGCAUAUUAGAGGAGCUAACUGAUAAUGAAAGUGAAAAUACUGAUCUUAAGAAGAAGAUACUUGAAAAGGAGACCUAUAUCCAAGAACUUAUACAUUUGUUUCAGAAUGAAAAGGAAAAUGCUUUGAAAGCCAGCCGUUUUUCACAAUCAGUUAAAGUAGUUCAUGAACGACUACAGCUCCAAAUACAUAAAAAAGAAACAGAAAAUGAUAAAUUAAGAGAAUACAUAAAGAGCUUAGAGACCAAGAUAGUCCAAUGGAACUUGCAAUUGAAAAAUAAUAAGCAUGAGACAGCAGCAAUGAAAGAAUCAAGUAGGAAAAAAGCUAUGGCCCUAAAACAGGCAUCUAAAAUUUACAAACAAAGGAUUGAACAUUUUACUGGAAACAUUGAAAGCCUUACUUCCCAGAUUAGAAACCAGGAAGCCAAGUUGUCUGAAGCAAUUUCAGCUUCCAAUGCCUGGAAAAGUCAUUAUGAGAAGAUUGUAAUAGAAAAAACCGAAUUGGAAGUUCAGAUUGAAACAAUGAAAAAGCAAAUCAGUAAUCUUUUAGAAGACCUGAAGAAAAUGGAGGACCAGGGAAAAAAUUCGUGUGAAGAAAUUCUUAGAAAACUUCAAACAAUUGAAUAUGAAAAUGAAACUCUGAAUCUCGAGAAUACAAAAUUAAAGACUACAUUUGCUGCUUUGAAGGAUGAGGUUGUUUCCGUUGAAAAUGAACUCUCAGAAUUGCAAGAAGUAGAAAAACAACAGAAAAACCUUAUUGAAGUGUAUAAAACUCAGAUACAAAAAUUGCAAGAAGCAGCUGAAAUGGUGAAAAGCAGAUGUGAAAAUUUGCUAAGUGAAAAUAACCUUAUAACAAAAAACAAAAAUAAAAAAUUAGAGAAGAUGAGAGGCCAGAUGGAGUCUCAUCUGAAGGAGUUAGAACACACCAGCGAUUCCCUGAAGGCGGCGGAAUGGAGGCUGCAGGAGUGUCAGGAGAGUCUGCGGCACUGCAAGGGGACGUGUGCGGGCCAGGCGCACACCAUUAGGGAGCUUCAGGGCCAGUUUGAUGGAAAUCACAAUCUUCUGACAGAGCUUUCUCUGGAAGACGAAAAUUAUCUUAUUCAGUUGAAGUGUGAAAACCUUAAAGAAAAAUUAGAACAAAUGGAUGCAGAAAAUAAAGAGCUUGAAAAGAAGCUGGAAAACCAAGAAGAAUGUCUUAAGCAUAGCAAUCUUAAGUUUAAAGAGAAGUCUGCAGAAUAUACAGCAUUGGCUAGACAGCUGGAAGCUGCUUUAGAAGAAGGAAAACAAAAGGUUUCUGAAGAAAUAGAGAAAAUGUCAUCUCGAGAGAAGGCUUUACAAAUUAAAAUAUUAGAUCUGGAAACCGAACUUAGAAAGAAAAAUGAAGAACAAAAUCAACUUGUUUGCAAAAUAAACACUAAAAUACAACAUCAGGAAGUAUGUUUGAAAGAAAUACAACAUAGUCUUGAAAAGUCGGAGAAUCAAAAUGAGAGUAUUAAGAAUUAUUUACAGUUUCUUAAAACUUCUUAUGUAACAAUGUUUGGAUAA